AUGGGCAGGAGGAGGGGCCGGGGCAGGAGGGCACGGAGCAAAGACCCUGAACCUGCCAGGGCCGCGCUCCAGAACCCGCACAGCCAGCGCCUUCUCACGCGUGCUCGGCCCCAGGCCACCAGCCGUGGCCGGCCCCCGCCCCUGUCCUGAGCCGCAGGGAAGCAAGCCCGGGAGGAAGAAGAGGGUCCGCAGGAGGCUCGGGGCGCGCCAGGCGGACGCUCGUCGCGGCUCCUUCCCGGCACAGCGGCGGCUCGGAGCGGGCUCCGGGGCUCCAGCGCAGCGGUCACCGGACGCCGGGCGGCGAGGAUUAUCCCGGGAAGUGGUUGUCUCCUGGCUGGAGCCGCGGAGAGGGGCUCUCGGGCCGCAGGGCAGGAGUGCGGGGCCGGCGGCGGCGGAGCGCUAGAGGACCGGCUCGGGCGGCUGGGGAGUCGCCGCGGGGAGCACGGACACCAGGCGAGCAGGCCGCGUCGCACUCACCAUGGUCAGCUGCUGGGACACCGGGGUCCUGCUGUGCGCGCUGCUCGGCUAUCUGUUUCUCACAGGAUCUAGUUCAGGUUCAAAAUUGAAAGGUCCUGAACUGAGUUUAAAAGGCACCCAGCACGUCAUGCAAGCAGGCCAGACCCUCUAUGUCAAAUGCAGGGGGGAUGUAGCUCACUCAUGGUCUUUGCCUAAAACGGUGAGUAAGGAAAGCAAAAGGCUGAGCAUAACUAAGUUUGCCUGUGGAAGGAACAGCAAGCAAUUCUGCAGUACUUUGACUUUGAACAUGGCUCAGGCAAACCACACUGGCUUCUACAGCUGCAGAUAUCUACCCAAGUCUACUUCAAAGAAGAAGAAAACAGAAUCUGCAAUCUAUGUAUUUAUUAAUGAUGCAGGUCGACCUUUCGUAGAGAUGCACAGUGAAAUACCUAAACUUAUACAUCUGACCGAAGGACAGGAGCUCGUCAUCCCCUGCCGGGUUACGUCACCUAACAUCACUGUAACUCUCAAAAAGUUUCCAUUUGAUACUCUGAUCCCUGAUGGACAAAGAAUAACUUGGGACAGUAGGAAGGGCUUUGUAAUACCAAAUGCAACGUACAAAGAAAUAGGGCUUCUGACCUGUGAAACAGCAGUCCACGGCCACGUGUAUCAGACAAGAUAUCUCACACACCGGCAAACCAAUAAAAUCAUAGAUGUCCAAAUAAGCCCACCAAGCCCAGUGAGACUACUCAGUGGUCACACUCUUGUCCUCAACUGUACUGCCACCACGGCCUUGAACACAAGAGUACAAAUGACCUGGAGUUACCCUGGUAAAACAACUAAGAGAGCUUCUGUAAGGCAACGAAUUGACCAAAGCAAUUCCCAUGCCAAUGUGUUCUAUAGUAUUCUUACUAUCAACAAUGUGCAGAACAAAGACAAAGGACUUUAUACUUGUCGUGUGAAGAGUGGCCCGUCACUCAGAUCUGCUAACACCUCCGUGCAUAUCUAUGAGAAAGGAUUCAUCACCGUGAAACAUCGGAAACAGCAGGUGCAUGAAACCAUAGCAGGCAAGCGAUCCUACCGGCUCUCCAUGAAAGUGAAGGCCUUUCCCUCUCCAGACGUUGUAUGGUUGAAAGACGGGUCACCUGCAACAGAGAAAUCUGCUCGCUAUUUGGUUCAUGGCUAUUCAUUAAUUAUCAAAGAUGUAACUACAGAGGAUGCAGGGGAUUAUACAAUCUUGCUGGGCAUAAAACAGUCAAAUGUGUUUAAAAAUCUCACUGCCACUCUAAUUGUAAAUGUGAAACCCCAGAUUUAUGAGAAGUCCGUGUCAUCAUUUCCAGACCCAACACUCUACCCAAUAGGCAGCAGACAAGUCCUGACUUGUACCGUCUCUGGAAUCCCUCAACCUGCGAUCAAGUGGUUCUGGCGCCCCUGUAACCAUAGUCAUUCCAAAGCAAGGUCUGAUGUUUGCUCCAAUAAUGAAGAGUCCUUCAUCCUGCAACCUGACGGCAACAUAGGAAACAGAAUUGAGAGCAUCACUCAGCGCAUGGCGGUAAUAGAAGGAACAAAUAAGAUGGCUAGCUCCUUGGUUGUGGCUGACUCUAGAAUAUCUGGGAUUUACAGUUGCAUGGCUUUCAAUAAAAUAGGGACUGUGGAAAGAAACAUAAGCUUUUAUGUCACAGACGUGCCCAAUGGGUUUCAUGUUAACUUGGAGAAAAUGCCUACAGAAGGAGAGGACCUGCAACUGUCUUGCAUAGUUAACAAGUUCUUGUACACAGACAUUACUUGGAUUUUGCUGCGGACAGUUAAUAACAGAACAAUACAUCACAGUAUCAGCAAGCAAAAAAUGGCUGUCACUAAAGAGUAUUCCAUUACUCUUAACCUUGUCAUCAAGAACGUGUCUCUGGAAGAUUCGGGCACCUAUGCCUGCAGAGCCAGGAACGUCUACACAGGGGAAGAAAUCCUUCAGAAGACAGAAGUUAUAAUUAGAGAUCAGGAAGCGCCACACCUCCUGGGAAACCUGAGCGAUCACACAGUGGCCAUCAGUGGGUCUACCACCUUAGACUGUCACGCUAAUGGGGUCCCAGAGCCUCAGAUCUCUUGGUUUAAAAACAACCGCAAAAUCCAACAAGAACCCGGAAUUAUUUUGGGACCAGGAAACAGCACACUGUUUAUUGAAAGAGUCACAGAAGAAGAUGAAGGUGUCUAUCAGUGCAGAGCCACCAACCUGAAGGGAGCUGCAGAAAGCUCGGCAUACCUCACCGUGCAAGGAACCUCAGACAAGUCUAAUCUGGAGCUGAUCACCCUAACGUGUACCUGUGUGGCCGCCACCCUCUUCUGGCUCCUAUUAACUUUGUUUAUCCGAAAACUGAAAAGGUCUUCCUCUGAAAUAAAGACGGACUACCUGUCAAUUAUAAUGGACCCUGGUGAAGUUCCCCUGGAUGAGCAGUGUGACCGGCUUCCUUAUGAUGCCAGCAAGUGGGAGUUUGCCCGGGAGAGACUGAAGCUGGGCAAAUCUCUGGGAAGAGGGGCUUUUGGGAAAGUGGUUCAAGCAUCUGCAUUUGGCAUUAAGAAGUCACCCACCUGCCGGACUGUGGCUGUGAAAAUGCUGAAAGAGGGGGCCACAGCCAGCGAGUACAAAGCUUUGAUGACUGAGCUCAAGAUCUUGACCCACAUUGGCCACCAUCUGAACGUGGUUAACCUGCUGGGAGCCUGCACAAAGCAAGGAGGGCCUCUGAUGGUGAUUGUUGAAUACUGCAAGUAUGGAAAUCUGUCCAAUUACCUCAAAAGCAAGCGUGACUUAUUCUUUCUCAACAAGGAUGCUGCUUUGCACAUGGAGCCUAAGAAAGAAAAACUGGAGCCAGGCCUGGAACAGGACAAGAAAGCCAGACUAGACAGUGUCACCAGCAGCGAGAGCUACGCGAGCUCUGGGUUUCAGGAAGAUAAAAGUCUGAGUGAUGUUGAGGAAGAGGAAGAUUCUAAUGAGUUCUACAAGCAACCCAUCACCAUGGAAGAUCUCAUUUCUUACAGUUUUCAAGUGGCCAGAGGCAUGGAGUUUUUGUCCUCCAGGAAGUGCAUCCAUCGAGAUCUGGCAGCUCGAAACAUCCUCUUAUCUGAGAACAAUGUGGUGAAGAUUUGCGAUUUUGGCCUGGCCCGGGAUAUUUAUAAGAACCCCGAUUAUGUGAGAAAAGGAGACACUCGACUUCCUCUAAAAUGGAUGGCACCUGAAUCCAUCUUUGACAAAAUCUACAGCACCAAGAGUGACGUGUGGUCUUACGGAGUGCUGCUGUGGGAAAUCUUCUCUCUAGGUGGGUCUCCAUACCCAGGAGUGCAAAUGGAUGAGGAUUUCUGCAGUCGCCUGAAGGAAGGCAUGAGGAUGAGAGCCCCUGAGUAUGCCACUCCUGAAAUCUAUCAGAUUAUGUUGGACUGUUGGCACAAAGACCCUAAAGAAAGGCCACGCUUUGCAGACCUUGUGGAGAAACUAGGCGAUUUGCUUCAAGCCAACGUACAACAGGAUGGUAAAGACUAUAUCCCACUGAACGCCAUACUGACAAGAAACAGUGGGUUCACAUACUCAACUCCUGCCUUCUCUGAAGACUUUUUCAAGGACAGUAUUUCAGCUCCGAAGUUUCAUUCAGGAAGCUCUGAUGAUGUCAGAUACGUGAAUGCCUUCAAAUUCAUGAGCCUGGAAAGGAUCAAAACCUUUGAAGAACUUUCACCAAAUGCCACUUCCAUGUUUGAUGAUUAUCAGUUGGACAGUAGCAGUCUGCUGGCUUCCCCCUUGCUGAAGCGCUUCACCUGGACGGAGAGCAAGCCCAAGGCCUCGCUAAAGAUUGACUUGAGAGUAACCAGUAAAAGUAAGGAGUCGGGGCUUUCUGAUGUCACCAGGCCCAGCUUCUGCCUUUCCAGCUGUGGCCACAUCAGACCUGUGCAUGACAACUUGGAGCCAGGAAAGGAGGAUUUGUGCUGCUCUCCGCCCCCAGACUACAACUCGGUGGUCUUAUACUCCUCCCCACCUGCCUAACACUUGACACAAGCCUUCUUUCUAGAAGCGCACGUGUAUCUACACCCCAAAGAACUAGCUUCUGUCAGUAUUAUACACAUAUGGGUUUACACCUUUAUCUUUCCACAGGAGUCAGCUGCUUUCAAUGACUCUUAAUAGUGCUUUUUUUUUUUUUUUGACUAACAAGAAUGUAACCC